UAUAUAGAGAUCACAAUGGGGGAGGAGCUCCAAGCAGCACACCUUCACCGAUACAGAUCCGUUUUCCUUAUCUUCUUCAAAGUCUUCUCAGCCUGGUUAUAUCCAUUAAUCAGUCAUCUCAGCUUCAUCACCAUUUCAGUUCUUCGAGGGGAAGCUCUUCUUUCCUCAACUCUUUGGUGGUGCUCUGCAUCAUCUUAUUUUCUUUCUAGCUUGCAAGAACACUUGCAUCCUGCACCGAAUGGACAGAGUCAUGAGGCUGGCGUCGCAGCGGGCGGUGGUGGUCUUCAGCUUGAGCUCAUGCUGCAUGUGCCACACCAUCAAGCGGCUCUUCUGCGAGCUGGGGGUGAACCCGGGGAUCCACGAGCUCGACGAGGAUCCCAACGGGAAGGACAUGGAGCGAGCACUGGCGAGAAUGCUGGGCUGCAACUCGCCGGUGCCCGCCGUGUUCAUCGGCGGCAGGCUUGUUGGACCAACCGACAAGGUCAUGUCCCUUCACCUCGGUGGCAAGCUUGUGCCGCUGCUCCGCGACGCAGGAGCUAUCUGGCUCUGAUGAUUCUGAGAUGAUGGAGACAAAACAAACCACAGAUCUCUGAGUUAAUGUUUUGGCUUACUGCUACUGCUUUCUUUACCUAUGUAGGUAAGAUGAAUGUACAUUGUGUUGCUUACCCUCCUUGAGAUGUAAUUUUCAGCACAUUAUGGAGUUGCUGCAUCUACAAACCUGUCACUGGGUAUUGAAAGGUCAGCAUCUUGAGAACAAGUAUCUCUCCUAGCAAAUGCUUGAGACGUACUGCACGGCUAGUGUAAUAUCAUCUUUAAAGAAGCUUCUGUUUGCUGUUUCAAGCAGGAAAAAUGUAAAACCUGGUAAUGUGGGAGCAUAAUCUUCAUCUUUGGGGCUCAACUGCUACUUAAGUGAUCAGAUGCUCAGAGGAUUUGUAUGAGUAGUAUCUGUUGAAGAUAGGCAGAGGCAAAGUAGGCUGUAAUAUGCACUCCAAUGUUUCAGAAGGCAACAAUAGCAGAGUCACAUAUCAACCUUUCUCUUCCUAAAUUGAGUUGAUGAGUGCCUCACACAUACUCCUAAGGUGAGAAAUUAAGAGAAGUGAUGUGAU